UCUCUCUCUCUCACACACACACACACACACACACACACACACACACACACGCACAGUCACUUGUUCUGACCCCUACUGCUGGUGAGAUGCUGGUGGGUCUGAGUCGGGCCCUGCAGCACAGGAGUGUGAACUGGCCCAGGGUCAUUCUGCAGAAGCGAAGGUGCAGCAUCUAUAGCAAGCCACCCAAGAGCAAGAUUGGACCCGGGCAAAGUUUCUUUGUCAUGUCAAUGUUUGCUAUUGCUCUCCUGACUCCAGCCGGCUGGAUUCUCCACCAUAUCCCAGAGUACCGGACGAGGCGCCAGCCUCCACCCACCUGAAGACAACAGCAACCAAUCAGCAGCCAGCAACCACAUGCUAGUAGAAAAUACUGGCUGCCUCUAAAGCAUUAUUCACCACAUUAAUAGUAAUACUACAUCAAAUAAUGAGAUACAUAAUAAGGGUAAAUGAUAAAAUUACAAAAUAUAGGAAAAAAAUAUUCAUUUGGAAAGAUUAAUUGGUUUCAUCUCACUGAUUUCACUGUUCAGUGGUGUUUAAUGCCUUAGGACUGUGGCCCCUAAUGCCAUUGUAGUGGAUGCUUCCAUUGGCACUUACCAUGUGAAACAUUUGCACAUUUUGUCCUGAAAUAAAUACAGUAUUCUCUG